AGCAAUACUGUGAGAUUUGGGAGUGACUAUGAUUAUAUGGCAUACUGGACUGUGCAGUCACUAGCAUAGUCUGAGCCACAUAGGUGUUUGGUUACAAACAUUCACUCACACACACACACACACACACACACACACACAUACAGAGUGAGCCAGAGAGCGCAGGACCAAGAAGAUAGUGAGAAAGGCACAGAAGGUAGACGUAGAGAACGUGAGAGUCAAAAGACGGUAAUUUGAGCAUAAGUGGAAGUUCAAUUUUCUCCCACAGACUCCUUGAGUAAAUUUUUGAUUUAAAGGUUAUCAGGGUCAACCUGUGGUACAGAGCUGUUCUUCUAAAAAACCAAGAAGAACCUGAGCUACUCAGCCAUUCUGAUUCACUUCACCGGUGCACUGCUUUAACUAAAGCUGUCGCAUUCGUCCAGCACGUGCCAUGGCAGAGGCGCACCAGGCCGUGGCCUUCCAGUUCACCGUCACACCAGAAGGCAUCGAUCUGCGCCUCAGUCGUGAGGCGCUCAAACACAUCUACCUGGCUGGAGUGACGUCUUGGAGAAAACGUGCAAUUCUGUUCCGGAAUGGCGUCCGAAUGGGGGUCUAUCCAGCCAGUCCCUCUAGCUGGUUAUUUGUGGUGAUCGCGAUAAUGAGUUCCGUGUAUGCGAGAGUGGAUCCAUCCAUGGGGAUGAUUAACAGCAUCAAGAAGGUUUUACCUGCAAGUGAUCGUCUCACGGCUCAGACUCAGACGGUGUUGAGUGCUAUCGUGUUUGCCACAGGACUGUGGUUCUCUCUGAUUAUGCUGUUGCGCUACACUCUGAAAGUUCUGCUCUCAUACCACGGCUGGAUCUUUGAGCCACAUGGCAAAAUGAGCAUGUCUACCAAACUCUGGAUAAGUCUGUUAAAGAUGUUUUCGAGGCGUCGGCCAUUACUCUACAGUUUCCAGGGCUCUUUGCCUAGACUGCCUGUGCCCAGCAUUGACGACACCAUCCACAGGUAUCUUGAGUCAGUCCGCCCCCUACUGGAUGAUGACCGAUAUAAACAGAUGGAAAUUGUGGCCAAUGAGUUCAAAAAGGACCAAGCCCCCAAACUACAAAAAUACCUUCAGCUAAAGUCCUGGUGGGCCAACAAUUAUGUGAGUGACUGGUGGGAGGAGUACAUCUACCUGAGGGGUCGGGGCCCAAUCAUGGUGAACAGCAACUUCUACACCAUGGAUCUGCUGUAUGUGAUCCCCACUCACAGACAGGCAGCACGGGCAGGAAACGUGGUCCAUGCCAUCCUGCAAUAUCGGCGCAAACUAGAACGAGGAGAACAUGCCCCGAUGAGAGCUCUAGGGGUGGUACCCAUGUGCUCGUAUCAGUAUGAGAGAAUGUUUAACACCACUCGAAUCCCUGGCAUUGAAACAGACUGUGUUCAGCACCUGAGGAACAGGAAGCACCUGGUUGUGUAUCACCGAGGACGCUUUUUUAAGGUGUGGCUGUAUUACGGUGGUCGUCAUCUCUUGCCUGCGGAGUUGGAGCAGCAGUUUCAGCAUAUUCUCAAUGAUACCACAGAGCCUCAGCCUGGAGAACUCAAACUGGCCUCGCUCACUGCUGGGAAGAGAGUCCCAUGGGCCAAAGCACGACAGAAGUACUUCCGUGACGGUGUAAAUAAGACGUCUCUAGAUACCAUCGAGACGGCUGCCUUUUUCCUCACUCUGGAUGAUGAAGCACAUGGAUAUGUUCCUGAAAAUCCAAGGUCAAUGGAUCUCUAUGCCAAGUCCCUACUGCACGGAAAGUGUUAUGACAGGUGGUUUGAUAAAUCCUUCACUCUUGUUGUCUACAAGAAUGGUAAAAUAGGGGUGAAUACUGAGCACUCAUGGGCAGACGCUCCCAUUAUUGGACACAUGUGGGAGGAUAUUCUGGCUACUGACUUCCUCCACUUGGGUUACACUGAGGAGGGACACUGCAAAGGAGACAUUAACAAAGGUCUGGCUCCACCAGCCAGGCUACACUGGGACAUUCCAGCAGCGUGUCAGGAGAUUAUUGAGGUGUCGUACACAGUCGCCAAGGAGCUCGCUGAUGAUGUGGAUUUCUGUGGCUGUGUAUUCGAUGAGUUUGGAAAAGGUCUGAUCAAGAAAUGCAAAACAAGCCCUGAUGCUUUCAUCCAACUAGCACUACAGCUUGCUCACUACAGGGAUAAAGGUGAGUUCUGUCUUACGUACGAGUCCUCCAUGACCCGCAUGUUCCGGGAGGGACGCACAGAGACGGUGCGCUCAUGCACCAUCGAAUCCACAGCCUUCGUCCGAGCCAUGGAGGACAAGACUUGCACGAACGAUCAGCGUCUGGCGCUAUUCCGGACAGCAGCGGAAAAACACCAGCAUAUGUACCGUCUGGCCAUGACAGGAGCCGGUAUCGACCGCCAUCUCUUCUGCCUCUACGUCGUCUCCAAAUUACUGGAUAUAAAAUCGCCCUUCCUCAACCAAGUUCUUUCAGAGCCUUGGCGUCUCUCCACCAGCCAGACGCCACAGCAGCAGCUCAACCUUGUCGAUAUCCAGGAGUUUCCAAAAUAUGUUGGAGCAGGUGGUGGUUUUGGCCCUGUUGCUGAUGAUGGAUAUGGAGUUUCUUAUAUUAUCGUUGGGGAGAAUCUCAUCACAUUCCACAUCUCCAGCAAAUUCUCUAGUCCAGAAACAGACGCACAUCGUUUUGGCCGGAACAUCGGACAGGCCAUGCUGGACAUUAGAGCGCUGUUCAACCAGAAGGAGAAGGCCAUGUGAAGAUGAUCAGUAUCACACACACCACAACCACACACACCCAUAGCACACAACACCCCCCACACACACACCACAUACCCAACCACACAACAUCCACCCAUCACAACACCCCCCACACACACACACCCAACCACAGAAACCACACACACACACACCCAACCACAGAAACCACACACACACACCCAACCACACAAACCACACACACACACCCAACCACACAACACCCCACAUACCCAACCACACACUCACACAACACCCCACACCACACACCCAACCAACCACAAACACACACUUUAAAACAUUUCUUGCCAUUUGAAUUAACUGAAUGACUCUAUGGCUUCGAACAUUUUGAUGAAAAUAUUGUACAGACAGACAUUUUAACCCAAUCUUAAAUUUGUUUUUAAUUUUAUU